AUGUCAGCAGGAGAUAUAUCAGCUGUAAAUACUAAAUCCGCCAAAAAAAGCAGAAGGAGAAAGAAGAGAAGAACAGCAGACGUUUCAUCGUCAGAUUCAUCGUCAUCGUCGUCAUCAUCAUCGUCAGAAAACGAAAGUGAAGAAAACAUAACAGAAAGUGCCAAAGAUGGUGUUAGUGAAAAUGGCAAAGCAGGGCAUGAUCCCCUAAAGGUUAAUGGCGAAAAUGGAGAUGAAGACGUCGAAAUGGAAGUUUCCGAUGUCGAGCUAUCGGACGAAGAAAGCAAAGAUUUGAAGCCAAACUUCAAGGAAGUGAUAGAUGAUUCCACCAAAAUUUCUUUGAGCAAACUUACAGAACCUUCAAGAUCUCAAAAUAAAGAGAGUUUCAUGAAUACAUCGAAAAUUGCCGAAAAUAUCAAGCUUGCAAGAGGAGAAUACAACGAGUUGGCAGAAAAUUUCACACCAAAAGGGAAAGAAAAGAGCAAACUAAGGGAACAGUAUUUGAAUUUACUGUUCAUGAACUAUGGGGAUGACAUCAAUCGUCUCAGAUCCGCCCCAGAUUUUACGAAUAAAUCAUUAUCCAUCUUGGCGGAUGCUCUGGAUGAAGGCAUAGGAAUGUUUGACAUUGGUGAACUAGAAUCGGUACUGAAAAAAAAAGAAAUUGAGAAGUAA